AUGAAUGCCGCAAAUGACAACCUUACUGUCCAUAAAGUAUCAGUACAACGUACACGUCAAGCAUGCGCACCAUGCCGUCGAAAAAAGGCUCGUUGUCCAGGCGAGAGGCCGACUUGCUCAUUAUGUCAGAGACUUGGUCAGCGCUGUUCAUACAACGCGCGGCGGGCAGUCAAUGGUGCAGCAUCA